CGUUUCCGCGCUGGUGUCACAACCGCACUCAAGUCCAGCGCAGGCGCAGUGUGCGACGCCAGUCUACUGUGCCGUCACUGCGCGCGACGUUUGGCCCCGGCGCAGGCGCAGUGUCCGACGCCCGUUCUUGGCGCAGGCGUCCUCGUCUUGCUCACGUUCUGCGCCGUCAACCUCCGGGUUCCGCGGGGUUUGGGUGGGGUCAGACGGCGGCCAGUGACAGUGACUGUGGAGGCUGGCGCUGCAAGGGCGAUGGCCUUGUCGGACAGCGGGGCGAGCCGCCUGCGGCGACAGCUGGAAUCGGGGGGCUUCGAGGCGCGUCUGUACGUGAAGCAGCUGUCGCAGCAGUCGGACGGGGACCGCGACCUGCAAGAGCACCGGCAACGGGUGCAGGCUCUGGCGGAGGAGACUGCGCAGAACCUGAAGCGCAACGUCUACCAGAACUAUCGGCAGUUCAUCGAGACGGCUCGGGAGAUCUCCUACCUGGAGAGCGAAAUGUACCAGCUUAGCCACCUGCUGACCGAGCAGAAGAGCAGCCUAGAGAGCAUCCCGCUGGCUCUGCUGCCCGCCACUGCGGCGGGGGCCGCCUCUGGCGAGGACGCACCAGGCGCGGGUGCCCGGGACCGCCGACGUGGCCAGGCCGGCUUCCUGCCGGGGCCAGCGGGCGCCCCGCGCGACAGCCCCAGCGCCGGCGAGGAGGGCAAGCAGCGCACGCUGACCACGCUCCUGGAGAAGGUGGAGGGCUGCAGGCACCUGCUGGAGACGCCUGGGCAGUACCUGGUGUACAACGGGGACCUAGUGGAGUAUGAGGCGGACAACAUGGCUCAGCUGCAGCGAGUGCACGGCUUCCUCAUGAACGACUGUCUGCUGGUGGCCACCUGGCUGCCCCAGCGACGGGGCAUGUACCGCUACAACGCGCUGUACCAGCUGGACGGCCUGGCUGUGGUCAAUGUCAAGGACAACCCACCCAUGAAGGACAUGUUCAAGUUGCUCAUGUUCCCUGAGAGCCGAAUUUUUCAGGCAGAAAAUGCCAAAAUCAAACGGGAGUGGCUGGAAGUGCUGGAGGAAACCAAGAGGGCCCUUAGCGAGAAGAGGAGGAGGGAGCAGGAGGAGGCAGCGGCCCCACGAGGGCCCCCACAAGUGACUGCCAAGGCCAGCAACCCAUUUGAGGAGGAUGACGAUGAAGAGCCGGCUGUUCCUGAGGUAGAGGAAGAGAAGGUGGACCUCUCAGUGGAGUGGAUCCAGGAGCUGCCGGAAGACCUGGAUGUCUGUAUUGCCCAGAGGGACUUUGAGGGAGCUGUUGAUCUUCUGGACAAGCUGAACCACUACUUAGAAGACAAGCCCAGCUCACCUCCUGUGAAAGAACUCAGGGCCAAAGUGGAUGAGCGUGUAAGGCAGCUCACUGAGGUGCUCAUGUUUGAACUCUCCCCAGAUCGCUCAUUGAGAGGUGGCCCCAAGGCCACUCGAAGGGCAGUUUCUCAGCUAAUCCGGCUGGGCCAGUGCACAAAGGCAUGUGAGCUGUUUUUGAGAAACAGGGCAGCAGCUGUGCACACUGCAAUACGGCAGCUCCGCAUUGAAGGGGCCACUCUCCUCUACAUUCACAAGCUCUGCCAUGUCUUCUUCACCAGCCUGCUGGAGACUGCAAGGGAAUUCGAGACGGACUUUGCAGGCACAGAUAGUGGCUGCUACUCUGCUUUUGUGGUCUGGGCAAGGUCAGCCAUGGGCAUGUUUGUGGAUGCUUUCAGCAAGCAAGUGUUUGACAGCAAGGAGAGCCUCUCCACAGCAGCAGAGUGUGUGAAGGUGGCCAAGGAGCACUGCCAGCAGCUGGGGGAAAUUGGGCUGGACCUCACCUUCAUCAUCCAUGCUCUGCUGGUGAAAGACAUCCAGGGGGCGUUGCACAGCUACAAGGAGAUCAUCAUUGAAGCCACCAAACACCGCAACUCGGAGGAGAUGUGGAGGCGGAUGAACCUGAUGACUCCUGAGGCCUUGAGCAAGCUCAAGGAAGAGAUGAGGAGUUGUGGGGUCAGUAACUUUGAGCAGUACACAGGCGAUGACUGCUGGGUGAACUUGAGCUACACAGUGGUUGCCUUUACCAAGCAGACUAUGGGCUUUCUGGAAGAGGCGCUGAAGCUGUAUUUCCCUGAGCUGCACAUGGUGCUUCUCGAAAGCCUGGUGGAAAUCAUCCUGGUUGCUGUUCAGCAUGUGGAUUACAGUCUGCGGUGUGAGCAGGAUCCAGAGAAGAAGGCUUUUAUCAGGCAGAACGCAUCCUUUCUGUACGAAACAGUCCUUCCUGUGGUGGAGAAGAGGUUUGAGGAAGGUGUGGGGAAACCUGCCAAGCAGCUCCAGGACCUGAGAAACACCUCUAGACUCAUGCGUGUGAACCCUGAGAGUACAACUUCAGUCGUCUGAUGUUUGGGUCUGCUCAUGUGUGUGCAUAAAUAUUGCUUAUGUGUUAUUUAUAUUUAUGUUAUUACAUUAGUGUAUCCAUGAUUGUUUCAAACAGCUCAAAAAUUUAAAAAUGCCUUCUAAGAAAUGUAAAAUCAAAAGGAGAAAAAAGAUAUGGUAAUUUAAGUCAAAUAAUGAAAAUAUCAGAAUUAUUACAACAUACUAUCUAUGCUUUUCUUUUAAAUUAUGCUGAUUCUUUAAUGAACAUGUUACACUGCAGUACUGUAGCUUAUCUUUGAGUCAAAACAUAUUUUCUCAUAUUAUGCAGCACCAAGAAAAAAGUCUAUAAAUACAUAGUUUAUGUUGUGAAGUUUCCCAGUCCACUAAAGUGUUAGUUUUCUUAAAGGGUACAGUGCCAUCUCAGACCCUGCCUCAUAUAUUUGUUGUCCUUAAACAAUUGUUGUCAUUGAACAAUUUGGAAAAAAAGGAGUUGGAAAAAUUUGUUUUAGGAUAAAUUUUACUCAAAAGAACUAUUUCUUGAAACUAGCUGUGUGUGGAUGUCAUAUACUCCCAUCCUUAUAAAAUAUAAGAGGAAGCUUUCAUGAAAACCAGGAGCUGGAGGCAUGGUGGCCCGUGCCAGUAAUCCCAGUUACUGGAAAGGGUAAGGCUGAGGAUUGCAAGUUUAGGGCCAAGGCCAGGCCAGGCAAUUUAGUGAGACCCUAUCUAAAAAAAAAAAAGUUGGAGUUGUAGUUCAGUAGUAGAGCACCCCUGAGCUCUAUCCCCAGUGCUAAGGGGGAAAACAAAAAUAAACAGAAAAACCACCUCAAGCAUUUCCAUAAUUUGAAUAGCUGAUUAUUUUCAGUUGCUAAUUAGCAGCUUGAUACUGUUUGAUUUGGAAGCAUCUACUUUGAAAUUGGAAAUGGUAAAGCCCCCCCCCGGGGGGCGUAUUUCUGAAAUAUAUAAAUUUCUAGCUGGAGCUUUUGUCUUUGUCAUAUUAAAUAAAAGUAAUAAUAAAAACAGGACACAUUGAGGAACCUUGGUAGUAGCCAGUGACUUUCAGGCCUCCAUCCCUUCAGGGUAGGUUAUAUAGUAGCUCAGUCUGCAGGCAAGUGAAAAAAGUUUCCAUUGAAAUCUUUAUGUAGAUCUCAGGGUCUGGAUGGAUGAGAAGUUAGAAAAAAAUGCAGAUCCUACUGGGUUUUUUUUUUGGACCGGGGAUCAAACUUGGGACUUUGCGCUUGCAAAGCAGGCAGUGGAACCACUGAGCUAAAUCCCUAGCCCUAGAUCCUACUGUUCUCAAAAAUGACUACUUUAAGUGGAGAUUUGUAUUGGGUUCUCUUUGUGACAAAGUAAGAGAACAGAAAUGAGACCCAUAUACCCAAGUCUCAGGCAAGAAGAAACUUUUUGUGACUCCUAGAAUGCGCUGUGCUGCAUUUUCUUUUUUUAUUUUUUGGUACCAGGGAUCAAACUUGGGACCUUGCGCUUGCAAGGCAAGCGCCAGAACCACUGAGCUAAAUCCCCAGCGCCAUACAUUUUCUUUUUUGAGACAAGGUCUUACUAUGUAGUUCAGGGUGGCCUUGAACUUACUAUGUAGUCCUGGUUGGUCUUGAACUCACAGUGAUCCUCUUGCUUCAGCCUCCUGAGUGCUGGGAUUACAGGCAUACCAUCAUGCCUGGCCCAUUUUCUUGUGAAUGCUUUGGGUUUAAAAGGACUUCAGAUUAUAAUGUUUAAUUCAUAUUGCUUAGUAAAACAAAUAAGAAACGUUAGCUUCCCAGAAUUUCUAAACUGUGCUUCCAUUGUGUAUUAACAUUCUUCAUUUGAAAGAACUGUUCUUGCUGAGAUUUGUUUCUUUUUCCCCUAGCAUCUUGUGAUUUUUUUUUUUUUUGCAUCUUGUGAUUCUUUUCCUUAAGUGCCAUUUGUGAUACCCAUGAUUUCUAAAGGUCAUUUAUCUGAAUAAAAAUAAUGGUAUUAAGACUGAAAAUUAUGUGAAACCUAAAGUGGAUUCGGAGUAGUGACUCGGGGUUAUAACUUUUUAAUUACUCAGAUGCCAGACUAGCACUUUUCUUUUUAGCUGUCUUCCCCUCCCCACCCCAUACUGGGAUUGAACCAAGGGCCUUUGUACUGAACUACAUCCCCAGCCCUUUUUUAAAAUUUUGAGACAGGGUCUUGCAAAAUUGGCCAGACUGGGCUCGAACUUGUAAUUCUUUUUUUUUUUUUCUGGUACUGGGGAUUGAACUCCGGUCCUUGCGCUUGCGCAGCAGGCCCAAAACCACUGAGCUAAAUCCCCGGCCCAGAACUUGUAAUUCAUUUUAAGCUAUCCAUAUUUAAAUGUAUACUUUUUUUUUUUUGGUAUCAGGGAUCGAACUCGGAACCUUCCGCUUGCGAGACAGGCAGCGGCACCACUGAGCUAAAUCUCCGGCAAGUUAUCUAUAUUUAAAAAGUCAGAAGGGCCAUGGGAAAGAGUUUGCCAAUAAUCUCACUACUCUGGGAGGUUGAGGCAGGAGGAUUCCAAGUUAAAAGUCCAGCUUGGGCGAUUUAGUGACUUAGUGAGACCUUAUCUCAAAAUAAAAAAUAAAACUGCUAGGGAUAUAGCUCAGUGUGAAGGCCCUUGGUUCAAUUCCCAGUACCACAAAAACAAUAUAAAUAAAAAGUUGAAAGGUAUUAGAAUUUUCUUUUUUUUUUUUUGGUACCAGAGAUCGAACUCGGGUCCUUGCACUUUCGAGGCUGGUGGCGGAACCACUGAGCUAAAUCCCUGGCCCAGGAUUUUCUUUAACUAAUUUUUUUCACAUAUCUAGGAUUUUCUAUAUACCAUAAUUGGAUAUCUUAGCUGAACAAAGACAGUUAUACUUUUUUAAAGAUCACUGAAAACUUGAAUAUUAUAAAAUUUUGAUUAUUAUGAUUAUUUUGUGCCAUUUACCAUUUCUAAUAUAUUGUAGAAAUUUUGAACUGUGUAAAUAUAUGGCACAGAGUCUGCAAAAUGAUAGUUCCGAAAGUUCCUCUUAAGGCAUGGAGUUGUGAAAACUUAAAUAUGUAUUCUCAGAUAUAUAAAUGGUUGCUUCUUCAUAAAACUGCUUUUUAAAACUGGAAGUACAGAAUUUUCUUCUGUUAAGAAUUGGUGUGUUCCUUAAUGACAACUGUAGCUGAAGUAUGCUUUGGUGAAUCAGUCAGUGUGAGAAGUUGAUUAAAUCUUGUAAUGUGCCCCUGUGCUGGACAUAAAAAGUUAAUGCUGGGGGGUGGUGGUUCAGAGCUCUUCUCUCUAGUCAUUGUCUCAUUAGACUCCAGAAUAAGUUCUAAAAUCAAAUCCAGAAAUAUAGUACAUGCUGAAUACCACUUAGAAUUAUGUUGUUUGCUUCAAGCAUACCUGUCACUGGAGCUUAGGAUCACAGGCUUGAUAUGAUUAAUUACUGCUUGGAAAAAAGACACUGUGGAAUUAAGUCUUUUUGAUUAAAGCUUCAUUUUACUUAAGUGCUAAAAAGUUGCUAAUUUUUUUUUUGUUUAAAAUACUACCUAUAGUUUAAUUUUCAUUACUUGUAUCUUGCAACUUGACCUCUUACCUAGGAUUGGGAGUUUGGGUCUUAACAUGGAGUAUUAAAUCAAUAUAUGUAGAUUUCACUUUUGAUAUGCUGUUAUAAGGAACUCUGAAAUGUUUUAUAAAAUAAAGCUUUAAAAUGUUCUUACACUGGAUAAAAAUUGAUAUUACACUGUUAUAUCGAUGUUCACUAAUAAGGAUUUAACAUUCUUGUGUUCCUAUUGCUAAAAUAUUCUUUGUGGGGUUUUUUCCGUUUAUUUAUGUGGGGAGGAUAGAAAGCUGUUAGCUAAUUUAAAUAAGCAUUCUGCUUACUGAAAGAAUUGUGAAUAAAUGAGAUCUCAGUU